UCAAUUACUUCCGUUCUUCUGCUGUUUCUUCCGCUGACCACUAGUGUUGUCAGUGGCGCCUACAUACGCACAGUUGUCGUUCGCGCUACAAUUUUUUGUAAAGGUAGAGGGAUUGAUAUAUUAAUCCUCUGCCAACAUGAAACUCGUCAGGUUUUUGAUGAAACUGAGCCACGAAACGGUUACAAUUGAGCUCAAGAAUGGCACUCAAGUGCACGGCACCAUUACUGGUGUGGAUGUGAGCAUGAACACUCACCUGAAAGCAGUCAAAAUGACCCUGAAGAACCGAGAGCCCACACAGCUCGAGUCCCUCAGUAUCCGCGGCAACAACAUCCGUUACUUCAUCCUGCCAGACAGUCUGCCCCUCGACACCCUAUUGGUGGACAUUGAACCCAAAGUCAAGUCCAAGAAGAGAGAGGCUGUCGCUGGUCGUGGUCGGGGCAGGGGAAGAGGUCGCGGGCGAGGUAGAGGACGUGGCAGAGGUGGUGGUUCCCGGAGAUAACCAUCUCGAGGCCAAUUCUGUGCUUUUUGUACACCCACUGUUUGUACAGGAUUCUUUUCGAUUUUGUCUGCUGAGGAAAUAUUUUUGUUUUUCCCUUUUUUUUUUUCUAUUCUCAGUUUUUUCUUUUUUGCAUUUUGUAUAUUAAAACCAUGUUCUGAAUAAGAA